GUUAUUGACGCCAUAUUGGGGCCGGCGGCGGGUGCAGAGUCGUGCUGUGAAGAGAGGAAGCAUUCAGGUGCGCCUGCUGGAGCUCUGCGGCCGCAGUCAUCUCGCAGUCGCCGCGCGUCGCAUCGGCUCGCGACUUCUGACAGUAGCGGCGUGUUGGAGUCCGCGUUCCGGUCGCGCCCUCGGCCGGCUCCACUUCCGAAGGCGGAGUAUCUCCGCGCAGGAGGCUCGGCGCUCUUAGCCCGAGCGGACGGCGGGGGCGGCCAGGCCUCUCGGGAGCCGCCCCGAGCCGGCUGCGUGGCCCUCGCGCUGUCGCGGCGGCUCACCGCUCCCAGGUCCCACACCCGCCCGGCGCCUCGGAGGGCCGCUUCGUCCUCGUCCUCCCCGGCCCCGCCCGAGGGCCUCGGCUGCCGGCGGCCAUGGCGUGCGGAGCCACUCUGAAAAGGACUCUGGAUUUCGACCCGCUGCUGAGCCCGGCGUCCCCGAAGCGAAGGCGGUGCGCGCCUUUGUCGGCGCCCGCGUCGGCCGCUGCCUCCCCGGCCGCCUCCACCGCCACGGCCGCCGCCGCCGCCGCCGCCGCCUCGCCGCAGAAGUAUCUCCGGAUGGAGCCGUCCCCCUUCGGCGACGUCUCCUCCCGCCUCACCACAGAACAAAUUCUGUACAACAUAAAACAGGAAUAUAAACGCAUGCAGAAGAGAAGACAUUUAGAAGCUAGUUUUCAACAGACAGACCCAGGUUGUAGUACUGAUGCACAGCCACAUGCAUUUCUCCUCAGUGGACCAGCAUCACCAGGGACUUCGUCUGCAACAUCUUCACCAUUAAAAAAAGAACAGCCCCUAUUUACUCUACGACAGGUUGGGAUGAUAUGUGAACGUUUAUUGAAAGAACGUGAAGAGAAAGUUCGAGAAGAGUAUGAAGAAAUACUGAACACAAAACUUGCAGAACAAUAUGAUGCAUUUGUGAAAUUCACGCACGAUCAAAUAAUGCGACGAUAUGGAGAACAGCCUGCUAGUUAUGUUUCAUGAAUCGUGCUUUUUUGCAUUUGUGGGCUGCCUUGUUCCUUGUUGAGUUGUUACAGGAGGUCCCAACUGACAUACAGCAAUGCCAGUGCCCAUCUGUGAAUACAGGUUUCAAGCUUUCGUCAGUGGCAACCACUCUUAGGCAGCAACAACUGGUUUUGGAAAUUUCUGUGAUGUCGUUACCACCUGGAUGUGGACCUUUGCUACUUGUAUUAAUACCAGUGGCCUCAUUUUGCUGUAUCAUUACAAUUUGGCUUCUUAUAUUAAUGUUUGAAAGGAUUAAAGCUGGUAUUCUAGAACAUGCCCUUCACUGGUUAUGUAAAUAAAACUGUAGAAUGGCACUUCAAAUGAAGUUAGUGUGAUUUUAAUUGUUCACUACAACCAAGCUGUAACCAGUUAUUAAUAAUUUAGAAUGUAAUCCCAGGACAGUUAAGCAGUUUAGCUACAGUACUUCUGUGAAAUAGUGGAGGAGGAGGGCAAUUCUGUAUUCCAGGACUUCUUGGGGUUUCAGAAUGGGUUUAUAUGAUUUCGUUUUUAUUUUAUUUUUUGGUAGUUUUAUUUAUUCUAUCAGUCUUUUUAACAAAUGUUUAUUGCUGCGUUCAUUCCCCCCUCCCCCCACCAGUGUAUCAUUGUUUUACUGCCCUUGUAGUACUGGUUUAGUUGGAAGAAUAAAACAUUUACUUCUAUUCUGCUUGUUUUCUAAUUGUACACAUGGGUAGCAUUUGAAUAAAACAAUGUUUUAAAACAA